CGCGUAUAUCGUUAUCGUUUCAACGUGGUUUCAACAAAAUCACAAACAAUUGGCUUUGUAUAUGUUUAUUGUUUAAAACUAUGUAGAGUCUGCAUUAAAACUAGAAUUUCGCAAUAACUAGAUAUGCUAUCUUGUUCAAUAUUAUUUGUUAGGUCACAAUCAAAAAAGACUUAAACGUCGUGACGAAUUCAGUUGUUUAUAUCGUUUUGGUACAUUGUAAAUGUACAUAAACGAGCAAAAAAAGAGUCACAGCUUGAUUUAAAUGCAAGUCUCCUUAAAAUAUGGAAUAUCCCAUGUUUCACACCCAGAGAGCGGCUCAAAAUGUGCCGAUAGUCAUAAAGGUUGUUAAUUUGAAGCGAUUCAUGCCAGAAGCACCACUAGAGGUAACACCUAAAUUUAAACGAACUUGGCAUAAGCCAGUUUUACAUACAUCAUCAAAUACUCAUGCAAUCAAGGACAAGGUUCAAGUCCAAAACUGUGUGGUUGAUGUAGACAAAGUCCCAGAAAGUCAGUGUACAAUAGACAAUAUGAGUAACACACAAAUUGACUUAGACUUUAAUGAAAAACAAGUGCUAAGCAACGGAAGCAAAAUCAAGUUUAGAAAUUGCUCGCAUACCCAUGAAGAAUUAUCUCGGUUUCAUGAACUUACUGAUGAUACAUUAGUGAAAGUUGGUGACAUAUUUGAUUCUCGGGAAUCAUUUAAGCAGUAUUUAAAUGAUAAUGCCAAGAGAUGGCAUUACUACUAUGUAUGCCGGAAUAGCAAGAAAACGUUUAUUGAGUACAACUGCAUUUGUAUGGCAUAUAACAUUAAGGAGAGAGAAGUGGUGAUACGAAAACAGAAGAAGCGGACGACUGCCUGCCCUUGCAAAGUACGCCUGGCGAUCAACCAAGCGAACAAAGUGAUUGUGUACUACGUGUGCAACCACCACGACCACCCCACGACCGCCAGCGAGUUCCACCACUACCCGCAUGCUAAAUACCUGCCUCAACAUGUUAAAGAAGAGUUCCUGGAUUUGACGUACCUCGGUUUGGACGUAGACCUGAUACAGAAGUACAUCCACUCCGUUGUCGGCCUCACCAUCAAGAAGAAGGAUAUCUGGUCGUAUGCUUAUAGGUUUAAAAGGAAAAUAUUCAAUAGAAGUAUAAGCGAAGAACGACAGAAAUACAUGGAAGGUUUAAUUGCAAAAAUUCGAGAAACAUACGAUCCACCAUUAGAAAUUCAGCAGCAUGAUUUGCCAAGCGAACAUACCGAAGUCGUUCUAUCCAUCAAAGAAGUUGAUUUGAGACAGGGGAAGACAAUUACAAUACAACGGAAAGCAGACCUGCUCAACCAAGUCCUCGGAGACACCACAGACAACACUGAAGUUAUAGUUCAGUACAUAAACGAAGAAGGCAUAUUAUGCGAUGAACACGGUACACCAGUAACAAACAGUUCUGCUAUAAUGCAGUUUAUUAAUAACUACGCGUGUGUACCUGUUCAAGACUUGCAACAAACUGUGUCCAGUGAAAUCAAUCAGGAACACCCUUUUGAUUAUGUACACGAUGAGAAUACGAUAAUUUACGAAAGUGAACCGUGUGUGGAAGUGACGGUAGGUGCAGUUUUGAAUGACGCCACUGAGUUGGAUGGCAAUGUUGGUUUGGAGAGCUCGAAGCAGGAUGAGGCUGUGAUAUGCGAUAGUUAUGAAAAGAGGUUGUCGCCUACCCCCGACACCCCGGCUGUGUACGCAGAAAUAGAUAAUUUUAAAAAGUAUUAUUACGUUGAUCAUCGGUACAUUCCAUAUGAAGACCAGAAAAGAAAGGAAAAAAAUGUUCUUCAGCACAAAGGAAAUUCUUAUGGUGCCACCAAUCCGUCCAGCUUGCCUCGCGAGGAAUUCAUAAAAGCCCCCGAUUUUGUCUGCCACCCGACGCCAAUCCGCCACUGCUCCGGGCACGAGAACCUCACCCUACUCACCGACACAGACGCCAUCUUGCCCGGGGCCCGGUUCCUCACGCACGACGUUUUCCUCUCGUACAUAAACGAGCGGGCCAACCGCUGGUUCUUCUAUUACUCGAUGGUGGAGAGCGGCAAGUCCCCGGAACAUUAUGUGUAUAAAUGCGUGUACGGGAAGAUCAGGGUGUCAAAGAACGCUUAUCGCGCCAAGGGAUUGAGAAAAAGAAACAAGCUGACCACGCAAUGCCCGUGCCAAAUCCGUCUUAGGCGGUUAGAAGCGGAUCCGACGUACCUCACCGUGUUAUACUCGUGCAACCAUCACGACCACGAGUUGGACUCGACGCAGUUCACCGCGCAACCGCACAGCCGUCGGCUCCCGUCUGUCAUUAAGGAGGAGGUGAAAGACCUGAUAACCCUCGGCGUGGGCACGGAUGUGCUCCGCAAGUACGUGUUCGCCGAAACCGGAGUACGGGUGUACGGAAAGUAUUUCCACAACGUGCGGACCGGGAUGCGGGCGCGCGGCGAGCAGAGACAUUAUAGCGAGGAACGAAUUGCUGCGCUCACCAAGAAGAUCAGAGAUUUGGAAGCGAUGUAUGGAAAUGCAGCGAAAGAAAACCCACCAGCACAACAGAGGAAACCGCCUAACAUAGGUCAAAAGAAAGAAUGUAUCACGCAGGCGGAGCAGGAUGAAACAGUAACGCAAACUCACGAAUAUCUUUCGGACAGAGAUGAUUUUGCUGAGGAAGUCUACAUCAUGCAAGUUGAUAAUCUACCUCUGGAAGACACAGCGAAGCAGAGUAGACUCGAGACCCGACUCCAGAGCCUGUCCUACCACGAGAUCCUGAGCACGGUGAUGGAACUGCAGGAGUCUGUGCGGUGCGAUGUUGUUCGGCGAGACGCGCAUGCUAUGGAGACGAGUGAUUUUGUUAACCCUUUGGCCAGAGACGUCAACUAACAUUGUAUUGUUUUACAGUUAUGUCAAUCGUUGUACAAAUUAUGAUGUUAAUUACGAUACAUGUGCGAAAAAUAGAAAAUUCAAAACGAGUGGCGAUAAAUUAAAACACCGAAGGGAGUGUUUUAAAUCGACACGAGUUGCGAAUUACCUCCCAUAUGUUUCGUAAGUUUUACAGUACAUAUGGCCCUUUAAACUUUCGACAUACUUACGUAAUGUGCUAAUUAAUAUUAUAGUAAUUAAUGGAUAGGGACAACAGUGUGCCAACACUGGGCCAAGAAGGGAAGCCAUCAUAAUUCCGCUACUCGAUGCUAGAUGUCGACUAUGACAAUAAUAAACGUUUUGGUAAGAAAACUGAUGUAUAGAGUGAGCACUCUAUGCUUCCUUAUUUCUCUAUGAUCAUAUAUUGGGUUGUUGCAUGAUUUUUUUCCCACUUCUAAAUUUUCUUGAUAUUUUCAGUAGUCUCGGGAAUAUUCUAGAAUAUAUCUAGUAUGUAGUAGAAUACUCUCGAAUCUUUCACGUAGGGUAUAUAAGCGCGGGCUCGAUUUUAACUAAAUCCCUGUAAUAGGAUUUAGUUAAAAUCGAAAAAAUGGACCAACAACAUCGUCGAGGGAUUUACUUAUAUGAACACAAAUUGGGAACCAGUUCGAGGGAAACUGCAAAUAAGAUUAACACUGCUUUUGGCCCAAACACUACCGAUCGCACAGUACGAAAUUGGUUCCAGCGCUUUAAUGAAGGAGACUUAAGUCUAAAAGACAUUCCUCAUACUGGUCGCCCCGUCACUUUUGACGAAGAAACAUUGCGGCGCGAGCUUGAGUUGCAUCCGGAUUCCACCUCCAUGGAUUUAGAGAAAACUCUGAACUAUCACUACAGUACCAUAGAUCGCCAUCUGCAGUCGUUGGGUUACCGUAAAGUUUUGUCAAGAUGGACGCCUCAUGCUUUGACCGAUGCUCAACGUGCAUGUCGUGUCAACAUUUGUGAAAGUCUGGUGCUGCGCCCCCAAAGAAAAAGCUUUCUGGAGUCGAUCAUCACUGGAGACGAGUCCCGGGUCUUGAACGAGAACGUUACACGAAGAGCCUUUUGGAUGUCUUCCGAUAAACGGCCACCAACACAGCCGAAAAGCAGUCCGCAUGGCCAGAAACUUCUCAUGUCAGUUUUCUGAGAUUUGCAAGGAAUGUUGCUGUGGGAGUUACUGGAGGACCAUCAGACUAUCAAUGCCAAAGCCUACGUGAAUCAACUGGUUGGCGAACGCUGUUAGAGAAAAAAGGCCAAAGCUUCUUGAAGUAUUAUUACUUCAUGAUAAUGCACGACCACAUACGGCGAAAAUAACCUGUAAAUUUCUAGAGGAGCUCAGUUGGAUAACAAUACCUCAGCCACCUUAUAGCCCUGAUCUAGCACCUUCCGACUAUCAUCAUUUACGGGCUUUGAAACAGCGUCUUCGUAAAAAAAAAUUCGAAAAUUAUGGCGACCUAAAACAUUACCUUGCCACCUUCUUUGCCUCUCAGCCACUUUCAUUCUCGGCCAAGGGUAGUGAAAUUUUGCCUAGCAGAUGGUUACAUGUUCCAGAUAAUGAUGGUGAUGAUAUUGUCGAUUGAUUGUUUUAAUACAUAAAUAUUACAAAAAAAUAGUUUUAUUUCAAAGUGGAAAAAUAAUUAUGCAACAAUUCUAUAUAUGAACAUUUAAUGAGUGCGAAAGAGACGCUCAAAGUUAAAAAAAGUGAUAUGUUUUUGGAUUCGUAGCGGCCGGCUUGAAUGUGACAAAACGUAAGCUAACUGGAAAAUACGUGAAAUUGGAUUCAGGAGAUACGAUGUGGUGUGAUGUGGAGGUGGUUGUGUCAUGGAAUAUCCUAUUACAAAAGAAAUUUACGUAAUAACUAAUCACAUAUUAAUUCUGAUUUCAAUACUUGCAAUGACACUUAACAUGAUUCCGAUUUUUGAAGCGAUCUGAUUGUCUUCUGCGGUGGCACUGGUUCCAUUUUUAUCACUUGUCAUUAUGUCCGUCACUUUCGCGCUUACAUACUUGUUAGAACGUGACAGGCAUGGUGACAGAUGAUAAAGAGCCGACCAUCUUAGCCCUACUGAUUAGGCAAAAGUAGAAGAAAUUGUUUUUUGACGCGGACAUUUUUUUGGCCUUUUUAUAGAGGGUUGGGUGACUUUUUUUUUUACUAUUUUCUAAUCAGAACACGAUACCAAAUAUACCCUUAAAAGGAUCCCCACCAUUUUCUAAUUAAAAUUAUAGGCAAGCAAGCCAAGAAAAUACAGCAACACAAUUUGCUUAAUCUGACACUUAUAACAAUGGCAAAAGUAAUCAAAUUUAUCCACUCACUUCCAAUUUUUGCGACGAGUAGAUUCAUAAAUUUCAUAUACUGGUCAUUCAAUCAAUUCGCGACCGCUGCGAGCAGUCGGCCGAGGGCACUGCUCACGAUGCCUGAAGGGUUUUUGGUGUUCAAGGAGAUUAUCUAUCAUUGAAUUGGACGAUGUGUAUGCUCAGCUUCAGAGAAAAAGUACCCCUACUGCUUACAAAACUUCUAUGCUGGGGUAUUUUUUCUUUGCAGCUGACUGUACUAUGCAACUAGGUUAGAAUUUUUAUAAAUGAUAUUGAAAUCAGUAAAUUAUGAAAUAAAUCGUAAUAUUUUAUUA